CGGAAAGAUUGUGGGUGUAAGAUACUAUGAUGGCAUGGCUACGGCGGGUGAGGUCGUGGUCUGCAAGAGGGAGCCGUCUAACGAGUACGAUUCUAAUGCCAUCCGGGUCGAUAAUGUGCUGGGGAGGCAGAUCGGGCACAUCCCGAGAGCCGUGGCUGCGAAGCUGGCCCCGUACAUGGAUAGCGAAGAGAUUGCCGUUGAAGCUGUACUUACCGGCGAGAAAGGCUUCUAUGACUGCCCUAUUCGCGUGUUCCUGUAUGGACCCAGCAACCCCUUUGCUCGGGCGAAUCUGGAAGAGCGUCUGAAGAGGGACAAGCUUGUCAAGGCCAUGCAGCUGAAGCAGACCCGGAAGGAAAACGAGCAGCGACGGAAAGCUAUGGGUUUGAAGAGCGGCAGAAGUACUUUCGGAUUCCCUGGCGACGAGGAAGAAGAGAUGUCUUUGGAACAAUUGGCCCAGGCCAGCCAGGCCGUCAACUUUCGUGCAGGAGGGGACAUUGCGCAGACAUUGGCCAUGGACGAAGACCAACUCUCAAGGAUGCCCCAAGCAGAACAACCCGAGCAGGUGCGCGCGAAGCUGUUACCAUACCAGCUACAAGGGCUCGCUUGGCUCACGGCGAAGGAGAACCCUGCUUACCCUCAGGCGAGCUCCGCAGAGUCUGUUCAGCUUUGGAAGCGCGAUGCUAGGGGCCGAUACGUUAACAUGGCCACCAAUUUCACCGUUGCGUCUCCCCCUGCUCUCCUAUCUGGUGGUAUUCUGGCAGACGACAUGGGCCUCGGGAAAACUCUUCAGAUUAUCAGUCUGAUCAUGACUGGUGGACCAGGGAGUACGCUCAUUGUUGCGCCGGUCGGCGUGAUGAGCAAUUGGGAGCAACAGAUCAAGCGUCAUGUGCACGAAAAGCACCUGCCCAAUGUGCUCAUAUAUCACGGCUCGUCUCGGCAAACUGCCGCCAAGUCGCUGAAUGACUUUGGUGUCGUCGUCACGAGCUACGGCACCCUGACCAGCGAGGCAGCUGCCGGUGGUCCCCUGACUAAGCAUAAAUGGCGCCGGGUCGUCCUAGAUGAAGGCCACACUAUCCGUAACGCUAAGACGAAGGCGGCGGAGGCGGCCUGCAAGCUCAACGCACAGUCGAGAUGGGUUCUAACGGGAACUCCUAUCGUCAACAACAUCAAGGAUCUUCACUCUCUCCUCAAGUUCCUUCGCAUCACCGGGGGCAUCGAACAGUCCGAUGUUUUUACCGCGGUCAUUGCACGGCCGCUAGCCUAUGGCGACCCCGGCGCCGAAGCCCUUUUGCAGUCUCUCAUGAAGGAUCUCUGCCUCCGCCGGCGAAAGGACAUGAAGUUUGUCGACCUUAAGCUCCCACCCAAGACGGAGUACAUACACCGCAUUACCUUCUGGGCCGAUGAGAGGAAGAAAUACGAGGCUUUGCUUUCCGAAGCCCAGGGCGCUCUACAAGACUAUCAAGCAAAGUCUAAGGCGGGCCAGAAGGGCAGGUUUCAAGGAGUCCUUGAAAGGCUUCUCCGUCUUCGUCAGACGUGCAACCAUUGGACUCUGUGCAAAGAACGUAUUACAGACUUGAUGAAGCUUCUCGAGGAGCAGGACAUUGUCCCACUCAGUGACGAGAACCGUGCCCUCCUGCAGCAAGCACUUCAGCUCGUCAUUGAGAGUCAAGAAGAAUGUCCUGUUUGCAUGGAGCCUUUGACCGAGCCAGUCAUUACUCACUGCAAGCACUUCUUCUGUCGCGCCUGUAUCUGCAAAGUGAUUGAGAUCCAGCACAAAUGUCCAAUGUGCCGCGCGGGGCUUGCCGAGGAUAAGCUGGUCGAGCCAGCACCCGAGCAUUCGGCCGAUGAAGAUGCCGGGCUCGACACGGAGACAAAGAGCUCCAAGACGGAGGCACUCCUCAAGAUUCUGCAGGCCACCCUGAAGAACCGUGGCUCCAAAGUGGUCAUCUUCUCGCAAUGGACUUCGUUCCUGACCGUCAUCCAGCGCCAACUGGAUGAGGCAGGGUACACAUAUGCCCGCAUUGACGGAAGCAUGAACACGUCUCAGCGGGAUGCUGCUAUUCGUGCUCUCGACAACGAUCCAUCUACUCGCAUCAUGCUGGCCAGCCUCAGCGUGUGCAGUGUUGGCUUGAACCUGGUCUCGGCAGACACUGUCGUCCUUGCUGACAGUUGGUGGGCCCCGGCCAUCGAAGACCAGGCCGUCGACCGCGUCCACCGUUUGGGCCAGACCAGGCCCACCACCGUCUGGCGGCUUGUCAUGGAGGGCACCGUCGAAGAGCGAGUGCUCGACAUCCAAGCAGAAAAGAGGGAGCUUGUCAACAAGGCUUUCCAGGAAAAGCAGGGCAAGCAGAAGAAGACCAAGGAGACGCGGAUGGCGGACAUCCUCAAACUACUUGCAUAAAGUGUGGCACAGUUUCGACGUAAGUUAAAGGGGACAACCUCGGUGCCGAUAUCAUUUCGCAUGUGUUGGGUGGUGGAGCUUCGCUGUCUACUGGAUAUUGAGGGAAUAUCCGACAGUUUAUUCGCAAGAUGUGAGCUCGGGAGCUGAAGAUCGCUUUUUUUUUCUUUCUCCCGUAGCAGAGCUUUGAUAAUACGCGCUUUAAUAAU